UGGAAUAGAAGACCGCUUCGACACGCCAUUGAUGAUUCGCACGGCCGUUACGGAACAUAAAUAUGGUACUUAAUAUCGAAGAGUUUUCUUGUCUCUUCCCGCAUCCAUGUCGGACCACGAUAUCGAGAAACAGUCCGUCGGCGUCGAGGAGGGAAAGUCCGUGGAGUCUAUCGACCUCUAUUCCUUCCACGAGCAGGCUGCGGGUCGUUUGGUCAUUGACCCCGGCGAGGCCGCAAUCGAAUUCGGGGAAGCUUUCGCGUCGCGUCUCAAGCUCUCGCGCGACGGAACGAAGGUUCUGUGGCCGCAGCCGACCGAUUCCCCGCAUGACCCGCAAAACUGGAGCGACGGCAAGAAGUCGAUGCUGCUGAUCAUCAUGACCCUCGCUGCUAUUGUGCCGGACUUCGAUUCCGGAAUUGGCAUUGCGGCUAUCUUCAAGUUGGCUGCUCAGUACAACACGACAACGGAUGUCAUCAACAAUCUCACCUCGAACUGGAGUAUCUUCUUAUUGGGCUGGGGAGGCAUAGCUGCUGUGGUGUUCAUCAGGCGAUUGGGACGUCUGCCUGUUCUGUUUUGGUCGCAGCUGCUCGCUCUCGCGUUCUUGAUUGGCGCCACCUUCGCACCCGACUUGAACACAUUUACCGCGAUGCGGUGUCUGACUGCGUUCUUCGGGUCGGCACCGCAAGUUACCGGACUGUAUGUCGUGACCGAUCUGUAUCCCUUUCAUCUCCAAGCUCGCAUGGUGAACUUCUGGACGAUGGGAUUCAUCGUGUCGCCCUUCAUCUCGCCGUUUUUGUUUGGCUUUCUCGUGGCGCGAACUUCCUGGCGCUGGGCCUAUGGCAUCGGCUCCAUAUACGGCCUGAUCGUCGUGGUUCUGAUCGCGCUCUUUAUGGAGGAAACAAUGUACGAUCGAACUGUCAAGCCGAUCCCGCCGCGCCCGACUUCAGGGCUUCGCUAUCGAAUCGAAACGCUCGUUGGGAUAACGGGGUACAAGAUGCAGCAGUACCGAAUCUCGUGGGGCGAGGCAAUCAUCUCACCCUUGAAUGUCAUAUGGCGCCCGCACAUCUUCGGACUGCUUGUCUUUGAGGCCUUCUUGUUCGGAUUCGGCAUUGGGAUCAAUGUCACGAACGCAGUCUUCCUCGGCAGCCCGCCUCCCGUUGGAUUCGGAUGGUCCCCCUUCGCCACUGCCGGAGGGUACGGCACUCCGAUCGUGGCCGUCAUCCUGGGCGAACUCGUGGGUCGCUACGUGAACGAUUGGAUCAUGAACUGGAGCAUCAAGCGCAACAACGGGGUCUUCGAGGCUGAAAGUCGACUCUGGGCCUGUUACGUUGCGUUGCCGCUGUACAUUGCCGGAUUUGUGCUCCUCGGUGCCGCGUUCCAGAACAAACUCAGUCCCGGUGCCCUCGUGAUAGGUUGGGGACUGGCGGUCAUGGCCAUCAUGAUCACCACCGUCGCUGUUUAUGCGUACUGCAACGACGCUUUCCCAAAGCAUCAGGGCGAAGUCAGUGCGCUGAUCAAUCUGUGCCGUACUUUGGGCGGCUUCGGCGUUGCUUACUUCCAGGUCAAAUGGGCUCUGGAACACGGUGCCCUCCAGGUGUUCGGUUGCGAAGCAGCCAUCGUGGCCGGUCUGUUCUUGCUUGUGAUCCCUGCUCUCCAACUUUUCGGGCGGGAUGUUCGGGCCAAGUUCUCUCUCCAUUGAUGAUGGAUGGCAAUAUGAUCUAUAUACCAAGUUCGGCUUCAAAAGUCGCCUGAUUUUAGUUGAUUUUCGCUUUGAAUAUGAAGUGUGUCGAGACUGCACCGCAC